AUGUGCACUGCUAAUCGACCAAAGCCCUGCCAAGCAAAUCUUUUGUCAGAUCAUCUGCCCAAAAUCAAAACCCUGGACUCAGCAGGCCCCGUCACCAGCGGUUCUGCCUACGAAGCAGGAAAGCGCAAAGCCCCCGGUUCCCGCGGCUUUGUUAAAAAGCCCUCGCGACACCAGCCCCGGCCCAGCCCCCUCCCACCGGCCCCUAUAUACCUGGGGCCCGAGAGCCCGAGCGCCCUCCGGGUUGGAGCCCCUGAUGAGGAUAAUGGACCUGGCACACGCGACAUCACUUUCUACGAAGGCAAAUGCUUCACGGGCAGGAAGCUGGACGUCUGCGGGAGCUGCAACAGCUUCCAGGAGCAAGGUUUCCUCAACCGGGUCAACUCCAUCUGCGUCCAGAGCGGAGCUUGGGUCUGCUUCGACCACCCCGACUUCCGAGGGCAGCAGUACAUCCUGGAGCACGGAGAGUAUCCCGAUUUCUAUCGCUGGAAUGGACGCAGCGACCACCUGGGCUCCUGCCGGCCCGUUGGGAUGCACGGCGAGCAUUACAGGAUUGAGAUAUUCGAGGGGAGCCAUUUUAGGGGUCCCAGCCUGGAGCUGACAGAAGAUUGCUCCUUCCUGCAGGGACAAGGCUGGGACAAGACGUGCAUCAAUGCCCUCAAAGUGUACGGCGACGGCGCGUGGGUGCUGUACGAGGAGCCCAACUACCGAGGCCGCAUGUACGUGGUGGAACGCGGCGAGUUCAGCAACUUCAACGCGUGGCAGGCGCGCAGUGCCAGCGUCCAGUCCAUCAGAAGGGUCGUCAACUACUUCUAGCUGAGCUUCCACCCCACCAGCAUCGCCCUCCUCCCCUCUCACUGGCCUGUGGAAUAAAUUG